AUGAUUGUGGAACCUAAAGGUGGAUCACCUCAGAUUGCAAAUGAGCUGGGUAAAUUGCUUCCAUGUCCACUCCUUCAAGAAUUUCACUCUCACUGCUUCUUGGCUCUCCCAUCGAUUGGCAAGGAAAUAGUUGAAGUUCUGGAUAUACUGCCGAGGUGGUUUGAUUUACAACACAUGUUUGUUGAAGGUGCUGGAAUUAAGAAAUAUGGUCUUGAUGACAAUACUGUGGACUUUAUUGGUCAUGCAUUAGCUCUUCAAAGGGAUGAUCGUUACCUAAAUGAACCUGCACUGGAUACCGUGAAAAGAAUGAAGUCUCUAGCACGUUUUCAAGGAGGAUCGCCAUAUAUAUAUCCUUUAUAUGGACUGGGAGAGCUUCCACAGGCCUUUGCACGGCUUAGUGCAGUUUAUGGAGGGACAUAUAUGUUGAAUAAACCUGAGUGUAAGGUUGAGUUCAAUGAGGGAAAAGUCAUUGGGGUCACAUCUGAAGGUGAAACUACUAGAUGCAAAAAGGUUGUGUGUGAUCCAUCAUACUUGCAAAACAAGGUUAGAAAGGUUGGUAAGGUUGCAAGGGCAAUUGCCAUCAUGAGCCAUCCAAUACCGAACACCAAUGAUUCUCACUCAGUACAGGUUAUCUUGCCACAGAAGCAGUUGGGUCGCCAAUCAGACAUGUAUCUUUUCUGUUGUUCUUACUCUCACAAUGUUGCUCCAAAAGGAAAAUUUAUCGCAUUUGUAUCGACUGACGCAGAGACAGAUAAUCCAGAGCCUGAGCUGAAACCUGGAAUUGAUCUUCUUGGGCCUGACGACGAGAUAUUUUUUGAUAUUUAUGACAGAUAUGAACUAGUCAAUGAACCCACACUGGACUAUUGCUUUAUAUCAACAGUGAGUUAUACAUACUGAAUGACUUUUUUUUUUGGCUACAGAUGUUCUCAGCAGUCACUCAUAUCAAUGAACCUGACAGCUUAUAUGGGAUCAUUCUGUCCAACAAGUAUGAGGCUGCUUGGCAUGCUGGAAACUAGAAUUUUUCCUUGCUUUACAUGGGAGAUAAUUCACAGAGUGAGCAAAACUAAAAGUGGCCAUUUCAAUGAAAAUCUACACAGGUACAAUGAUGAGUUAAGGUUUCUUUUUUACUUCAGUAUAAUUCUACCAUCAAUGAAACCUUUUGCUUGUUAUUGUCUUUUAUAUCUGGCUCUCAAAGUCAAUCAGUUACAUUUUGCUUGUUAUUAUCUUUUAUGUUAUAUAUUGCUGAAAUUGUAUGAUUUUUAGUUGAAAGGAUUACACAUGACAUUGUCAUUGUUGUAAUUGUUAUUCCUCAAGAAACUAACAAGUGUGCUUACAGAUAUUUCGACUGGUUUCCCUGUGGUUCACUCUAUCAGAUAGACAAGAUAUCAUAACUAACAUUGCAUGGCCGGCUGAUAAAGUCAUAAUUAGCUAAGAAAAUGGACUCACAACAAAGGCAAGUGCACAAAGGAUGAUGAAUUGAAGGAUGGAGCAAGUUUCAUGCAUAGUUUACUUUUGUGUAUCUUGUAAUGUUUCUGUUUUUCAUUUUUGAAGUAAAAAUUGUUCAAGAUUAUAAAAUUUUAUUAUGUUAUGCUUUCAAACUUAAGUUAGAACUAAGAUCUCAUGAAGUAGACACAUUCAUGGUUUGAAUUAGUUAUUGUUUAAUGUAAUACUUAUGGUUUAUCAAUCUAUUGAGAAUUACAUUU